GCUGUAGUUCGUUUAUAGCAUAACGUUAGCAUUUUGCUUCUGACGACUAGAUUUAUGAUUCGAAAAUUAUAAAAAUAGGGUAGACAUGUGGAUAUUAUCCGGCUGAACAAAACGUGAUCCGUCUCUUAAGUGUGUGUCAACCACAGACCUUAUUUCGAGCUAUUUUCCAAAAUCCUAUGGAGAAAUUGCAUUGUUUUUUGACGAACGAACCGGAAGGAGUUUACUUCCGGGUUUUAGGCAGGUUUUAGAACGCGUCACUGCGGUUCUCUGCUUUGAAGAGAGGCAGAUGGACUAAACAAGUGUCAUCUUGAAUUAUUAAAUAAAUAAACAUAAAAUAUAGCACAUUUGAAAAUAAUGAUAAAAUAAUAAUAAAAAUACCAUUGAACAAAAGUAUAUAUAUUUUUUAUUGUAUGCAACCUCUUAUUUCUAUAUUUAUUAUAAAUGUUCCUUUUUGUCAAAAACUAAACAAAUAUCAAAACAAUUUAAAAAAGAAAAUAUGUUUGCUUGAUAACAUGUAGUUGUUAUAAUGACUAAUGUGUUAUUGAAUAUUUUUUAAAUAAUUUAUGGUAUUGAAAAACCAACAUUUCUCUGAACAUCUUUCUUUCAUUUCCUUAAUCCUCAUUUUGUUCACUUCCAGAUGUAUGCAGAGGCAUUGCAUGAGAAUGAUAAACUCAAGUCGAGGUUGCAGGACAGCAAACAGGAACUGGUGAAGAUACGCUCCCAGCUGGACAAAGUCACUCAGAGGCACGACAGAAUAUCAGAGAGAUCUACAGCCGUCGAAUCUGAGAAAAGGGAAAAACAAGCUCUUGAGAAAAGAGUGUCAAACAUGGAAGAUGAGAUAAAGUGCUUGAAAGAACACCUCCAGCCAAGCCCCUCUUACCCAUGCUAAAUCAAGCACGCCUAAAGUGUUCAGAGCAAAACAGACACAUAUUAGCACACUCCAGGGUUGUUGUUAGCCAGGUGGGAUUGAAGUCAAGGAGAGGGAAGGUUAAUGCUUCAGGCUCAUUACCCACAGUGUUCUGCUGGGCCACUUCCUGCCAGGCUGAGGAGGAGUCCGGGCUGCUGCUCCUCUGCUCCACUUAUCCCACAGUUGGGGUGAACAUUGUGACCUAGUUCCAGCUGAAUACCAAAACCCUGUCCAAGAGCAAAAGACCUGCUUUUGUGAGGAAUUCCUGCACUGCACUGUGUGGACUUUGCUUCAUCAAAGAAAUACAGGGCAGAUUUCAGGCCUGGGCAGACGCGGUCUUAUUUGUCACACAUGACACUUUACGAUUAUAAUGCCAUUGUUAUGGCAAAUUACAGCAACAUUGUUAUACUCCUCAUUAGAGAUAAAAUGCCAGCACCAGUCUGAGAACGUGCACUAUGCAGACAAUGACCUGGACAGUAUAAAUAGGACACAUACAUCAGGGUGGUUGUAACCAGCAAAUAUGUGACCCCCGUGUUGUCGUGG